GAUUUUUACUCGAACCGAUAAAAAAAACAUAACCUACAAAUUGCAGUCAUUUCCUUUGAAUAUCGCACAAAAGUAUGCCAUUGCAUAAGUUAGAAAAAUAUUGAUUGCAGUCUUGAGUCACGAGGAGGUGAAUGAUGGACAGCGUUGUAAUAUUCUUCCAUACUAUAUUUUCCCAUCGAUUAUCUACGAUGUGCAUCGUUGGAAAUUCCUCUGUCGAAAUCAUCGUUUCAAUUCACGAAGAAUGUUUUGACGAAAAACACAAGAGCAAGAGAAUUUUUCAGAAAAAUUUCAAAGGAGCAAGUAGACGUAAAAUUUAUGAAUAAACACGCGAAGCUAAGGAUAUCGUUAAAAAAGGGAUUCCUACCUGUUCUGGAAAAGGUUCCGGGAAAUCUUGCUUCAGUUCUAUAGUUGCGCAUGGGGAAUACCACCUGACUCGAAUGAGUAAGAUCGCUUCGAUAUCCAAUGGGUUAAGGUUAAUAGACAACACAUACACGUACGCUGGGAUGGAGAAUCAUGAAAUCAAGGAUUGGUGGGGAUUAGCCUCAUAAAUACUUGAAGCUUGGCUGCUGUAUAUGUAAUUGUAAACGAAGUCGCGGGUCCGACAUUUGACGCACCGCAAUCGUUCGUUACUCUUUCAAGAGGAAACUCAUCGAUUCAGAUCAAAGAUCAAUUUAUA